GGGAAGCUUGGCGCCGGCGAGCAAGAUGGCGGCGGCCGCGCUCCGUCUGUGGUGGCUCCUGGCGGUGGUGGCGGCCGGGGCUGAGGCGGGGCCCCGCACCCUGGUGCUGCUGGAGAAUGGCAACCUGCGCGACACGCACUCGCUCUUCUUCCGCAGCCUGGCGGACAGGGGCUUCGACCUCACUUUCCGGACGGCGGAUGACGCGGGCCUGUCCCUGAUAAAAUAUGGAGAAUUUCUCUAUGACAACUUGAUCAUCUUCUCACCAUCCAUAGAAGAUUUUGGUGGAAACAUCAACGUGGAGACCAUCACCGCUUUCAUCGACGGCGGUGGCAGCGUCCUUGUCGCCGCCAGCUCGGACAUCGGCGACCCGCUGCGAGAGCUGGGCAGCGAGUGCGGCAUCGAGUUUGAUGAGGAACGGACAGCGGUCAUCGACCACCACAACUAUGAUAUAUCCGACCCCGGCCAGCACACGCUCAUCGUCGCGGACACUGAAAACCUCCUGAAGGCCCCCACCAUCGUGGGGAAGGCGGCGCUGAACCCCAUCCUUUUCCGAGGGGUCGGGAUGGUGGCUGACCCUGACAACCCGCUGGUGCUGGACAUCCUGACGGGCUCUUCCACCUCCUACUCCUUCUUCCCAGAUAAGCCCAUUACUCAGUACCCACACGCGGUGGGGAAGAACACCCUCCUGAUCGCGGGGCUGCAGGCCCGGAACAACGCCCGCGUUGUUUUCAGCGGUUCCCUGGAUUUCUUCAGCGAUGCCUUCUUCAAUUCCGCCGUGCAGAAAGCUACCCCGGGCUCCAAGAGGUACUCGCAGACGGGUAAUUACGAGCUGGCCGUGGCCCUGUCCCGCUGGGUGUUCAAGGAGGAGGGAGUGCUGCGGGUGGGAGCCGUGUCCCACCACCGCGUGGGGGAACUGGCACCUCCCAACGCCUACACCGUCACCGACCUGGUGGAGUACAGCAUCGUCAUCGAAAAGCUUUCCGACGGCAAGUGGGUCCCCUUCGACGGAGACGACAUUCAGCUGGAGUUUGUCCGCAUCGAUCCCUUCGUGAGGACCUUUCUGAAGAGGAACGGUGGCAAAUACAGCGUGCGGUUCAAGCUGCCGGACGUCUACGGGGUGUUUCAGUUCAAGGUGGAUUAUAACCGGCUGGGCUACACCCACCUCUACUCCUCUACCCAGGUCUCGGUGCGGCCCCUCCAGCACACCCAGUACGAGCGGUUCAUCCCCUCGGCCUACCCCUACUACGCCGGCGCCUUCUCCAUGAUGGUUGGACUCUUCAUGUUCAGCAUCGUCUUCCUGCACAUGAAGGAGAAGGAAAAAUCCGACUGAGCUGCCCCCCCGGGGGGAAGCAGGAACGGCCCCUUCCCCGGUGCCGCCACAGGGGAACCCCCUCCGUAACCCCAUGAGGACUGGUAGGUGCCAGAGACUGUGGAAUCGCCGUUGGGUCUUGUUUUUUUAAGUUUUACACGGUUUUUGGGGGGGAUUAAUAGGGAAGAAAAUGAAAUUUUGGGGAAGUGUCUGCAAACCCGGAGCUGUGACCUUGAGGAGUCGGGGCUGUUUGUCUCCUCGGGAUGAUUUUGGUUGGAGAUUUCGAUGCCUUUUUCCGAAAUAAAGUCUCGUUCCUCUCCUGGA